CAAAUCCAAUGUCCUUCUAUUUACAGGGUUUGCAGUUGCAGACAGUAGUAACUCGUGUUCCUUGAAACGAUGAUAGUACUCAUGUCGGUGUUGCCAUUUCCACUCUCAAAUAGACUACCUACACAAACCCACAAUCCUAAUUCGCAUCAACGUUUUCCUUCUUCCUUCACUUUCCCCACAUCUUUCCCCAACAAAACCGUAGUCUUUGGUAUCAAUCCCAGCGACUCCAAAGACCCUUCUUUCUUCGACGAAAAUGGCGUCGUCAACGACAUGGAGGGUUACCUCAACCACCUCUCCCUCGAAUACGAUUCUGUUUGGGACACCAAACCCUCUUGGUGUCAACCCUGGACAAUAGCGCUCACGGGGCUUGCAGUUAUUGCCAUUAGUUGGUACCUGCUAGAUUUUAGUCAGAGGCUUUUGGUGUGCUUAGGGAAUGAAGCAUCAAUUUUGGUUUAUGUAGUGAUUUGUUCAGGCAUAUUCAGAGAUGAUUGCUGAGCGCAGAGAAAGAGUUACAAAUGGUGUUGAAGAUACGUUUGGUCAAGGGAAGAAUCAGUGAUUCGUAUUAUUCUUACCCGAGCUGUAUUCAUCUUUUACGCCUUUUGUUCUUGCUCUGUCUAUCUGCUUGUAUUUGUACAUUCAAUUACUGAGUAGUCGUUGUGUUACUGCCAAUUGGCUUGGAGAUAACAGGGUGAUGUACAAGUCUUGAAAACUAACGUUCUGUAUAAUAAAUAUUUGACCUUGUCUUCUCACACUGGACGCGCAUGCGUAUAUGGUUUGGUUUGGUUGAAU